UAGCCGGGGAGCCUAGGGCUGGAGGUGCGCGCAGCCCAGCCUGGGCUCUCCGAGGACCGCGAGCAGCCGUGCCCAGAGCUCUGAGAAUGUCCCCCCUCUGCUUCUCAUAAAUUAAGUUUCUUUCCACCAGUUAGAGCAAGUCAGCCAAGGUAGAAAAUGAUGAGCUGGGUUCACCUACAGAGACAACUUGGGAUCUAAUGGCUGCCCCUGAGAUUCCAGCCAUGAAUAAGGAUGUAAAUAUGGUCUGACCUCUGCUGAUGGGCAGUUAAAUCAUGGACAGACUAAAUGACCUACUUUGGACUGUCCUUCCAAAAGAUGCUUCGCCUUUCCUCUUGAAUGCACACUGAGCCUUUGUAGUCCACAAAGACAAGAAGGAGUGUGAACGGGAAGUGAUCUUUACAAUGAAAGUGACGAGCACAUCUUGCAUCUGCCCAGUCCUCGUGUGUCUCUGUUUCGUUCAGAGGUGUUAUGGAACUGCUCACCACAGCUCCAUCAAGGUAACCAGAAACCAAACCAAACACAUUGAAGGGGAGACGGAAGUCCACCAUCGUCCCAAGAGGGGAUGGGUAUGGAACCAGUUCUUUGUUUUAGAAGAACAUAUGGGACCAGAUCCACAGUAUGUUGGAAAACUGCACUCCAACUCUGACAAAGGUGACGGGUCUGUCAAGUACAUCCUCACUGGGGAAGGCGCUGGGACUAUAUUUAUCAUUGACGACACAACGGGUGACAUCCACUCAACCAAAAGCCUGGACAGAGAGCAGAAAACACACUAUGUACUUCAUGCCCAGGCCAUUGACAGAAGGACAAACAAGCCUCUGGAACCUGAAUCCGAGUUCAUCAUCAAAGUGCAAGAUAUCAAUGACAAUGCUCCCAAGUUCACAGAUGGGCCAUACAUCGUUACUGUGCCUGAGAUGUCAGAUAUGGGUACCUCUGUUCUACAGGUGACAGCUACAGAUGCAGAUGACCCCACCUAUGGAAACAGUGCUCGUGUUGUUUACAGCAUCCUGCAAGGACAACCUUAUUUCUCCGUGGAUCCUAAAACAGGAGUCAUAAGAACAGCUUUACACAACAUGGACAGAGAAGCCAGAGAGCAUUACUCAGUGGUCAUUCAAGCCAAAGACAUGGCUGGGCAAGUUGGCGGACUCUCAGGAUCCACAACUGUCAAUAUAACCUUAACUGAUGUCAAUGACAACCCACCACGGUUCCCACAGAAACACUAUCAGCUGUAUGUUCCUGAGUCUGCUCAAGUUGGUUCAGCUGUUGGAAAAAUAAAGGCAAAUGAUGCAGACACAGGCUCAAAUGCAGAUAUGACCUAUUCUAUCACGAAUGGAGAUGGGAUUGGGAUAUUCUCUAUCUCCACAGACAAAGACACCAGGGAAGGAAUACUCUCCUUAAAGAAGCCACUGAACUAUGAAAAAAAGAAGUCUUACACACUCAACAUUGAAGGAGCAAAUACACACCUGGACUUCCGCUUUUCACACCUUGGUCCAUUUAAAGAUGCCACAAUGCUGAAGAUCAUUGUUGGGGACGUGGAUGAACCACCCCUCUUUUCUAUGCCUUCCUACAUCAUGGACGUCUAUGAAAAUGCCAAGAUCGGAACAAUUGUUGGCACCGUCUUGGCACAAGAUCCAGACAGUGCUAACAGCUUAGUAAGGUAUUUCAUCAAUCACAAUGCUGAAGAGGACAGAGUUUUCAAUAUUGAUGCCAAUACUGGAACCAUUAAGACUUCAAAAGUUCUUGAUAGAGAAGAAACACCAUGGUACAAUAUCACAGUGACUGCAUCAGAGAACGACAAUCCUGAUUUGCUGAGCCAUGUCUCCGUGGGCAUUAGAGUUCUCGAUGUCAAUGACAACCCACCGGAACUUGCCAGGGAAUAUGAUAUUGUUGUCUGUGAAAAUUCUAAGCCUGGUCAGGUUAUUCAUACCAUUGCUGCCACUGAUAAAGAUGACUUUGCCAAUGGACCAAGGUUUAGUUUUUUCCUCGAUGAGCGCCUGCCCAUGAACCCAAACUUCACACUCAAGGAUAAUGAAGAUAACACAGCCAGCAUUCUGACAAGGCGGAGGAGAUUUAGUCGAACUAUGCAGGAUGUGUAUUAUCUGCCCAUUAUGAUCUCUGAUGCUGGAAUCCCCUCUCUCAGCAGCAGCAGCACCCUCACCAUCAGGGUUUGUGCAUGCGAGAGAGAUGGGCGUGUGCGGACCUGCCACGCAGAAGCCUUCCUGUCCUCCGCUGGUUUGAGCACAGGAGCCCUAAUCGCUAUUCUUCUCUGUGUUGUCAUUCUCCUUGCCAUUGUCGUCCUUUUCAUCACCCUGAGGCGCAGCAAAAAGGAACCCUUGAUCAUUUCAGAGGAGGAUGUACGGGAGAAUGUGGUCACCUACGAUGAUGAGGGAGGUGGGGAAGAAGACACUGAGGCCUUCGACAUCACAGCCUUGAGGAAUCCUUCCGCUGCAGAGGAGUUCAAAUACCGCAGAGACAUUCGGCCUGAAGUGAAGCUCAAUCCUAGACACCAGACGUUAUCCACUCUGGAGAGUAUAGAUGUUCAGGAGUUUAUUAAGCAAAGACUGGCCGAGGCAGACCUGGAUCCCAGCGUGCCCCCUUAUGACUCUCUUCAGACUUAUGCCUAUGAGGGUCAGAGGUCAGAAGCUGGGUCUAUCAGCUCCCUGGAUUCAGCUACCACGCAAUCAGACCAGGAUUAUCACUACCUUGGUGACUGGGGGCCGGAGUUUAAAAAGUUAGCAGAACUCUAUGGAGAGAUGGAAACUGAAAGAACAAAUUAGGCAGUCGAUCUUUUUUUGGAGCUUUGUAGUAUUUGUUUCCUGACCAAGUGGAGACAUGACCUCAAUAUGACAAGGAAGUCGAGCGGAAACAGUACUUGGAACUGAGUAAGCUGUACAGAGCUCCUGUAGAAACAAGUGCCCUUUUUAUGAUCAAAUGUGGGUUAUUGGAUUGGAAGAAAGUCAAAUAUAAAAAAUACAGAGAAAAAAAACUAUUGUUCCUUGUGUAUAUUUUCAAAUGCUCAAUAAAGUCUAUCGUACUGUUUAAUUAAGAAUAUCUGAACGAAGCCAAACAAUGAAUAUUUAUUUCCCUAUGUUGUGAUUUCAUUUUCCUAAAGCAAAAUUUAGAAAGGGGAUUUAAUAUUGCUGUCAGAUCCCUACAGUGUAAUACGCUGCCCAUGGACGCAUACGGAGGUAGUCACAGCCUCCCUUGCUACUUUUCCGGGUAGACCGUCGAGACCAAUAGUCUGUCAGUGUGAGAAAUCCCAUUAUUGUCCUUUCCUUGAAUUACACAGGAUAUGCCCAACCAACCAGGCAACUCUGCCGUGGAGUUGACUAUUUCAUUUCCCUCAGCCCUC